CCGGGGACUCAAAUGAUUCAAAUACCACCCCGUUCGCUGUCUGACAUGGAGAGUUGAUCGUUCUUCCUAUUAUUCCCCUUCCCCUCUUUCCUAUCCCCCCCCCUCAUCGACACAACACAAUGGGCUCUGCCACGACGUUUCCCACCAUCAAGGCGAUCCGGACCUUUGUUAUCGAUGGCGUUGGUGCCGGCGGUGACUACCACAAUGUCAAAGGAGGCCACUGGCUGAUUGACAGCGACAUUUCGACCCCCAUGGCCCGAUGGGCUCAAUACCGUGGAUCUCGCACCUCCUGGGGUAUCAACGUACUGGGCUCGUUCUUCGUGGAGAUCGAGACGACCGAUGGAACCAAGGGGUUUGCGACCGGGUUCGGCGGGCCGCCUGCUUGCUGGUUGGUGAAGCAGCACUUUGAGCGGUUUCUCCUGGGGGCUGAUCCCCGGGAUGUCAACAACCUGUUCGAGAAGAUGUACCGCGGAUCGAUGUUCUAUGGACGCAAGGGUCUCCCCGUGGCCGUCAUCUCGGUGAUCGACCUGGCGUUGUGGGAUCUGCUGGGCAAGAUCCGGGGCGAACCCGUGUACAAACUCAUCGGCGGCACGACACGGACACGGCUCGACUUCUACUGUACGGGCCCGGAGCCCGCGGCGGCCAAGGCGAUGGGCUUCCUGGCGGGCAAGGUGCCGCUGCCGUUUGGGCCGGACGAAGGCAACGAGGGCCUGAAGAAGAACGUCGAGUUUCUACGCAAGCACCGCGAGAGCGUGGGACCCGACUUCCCGCUGCGCGUCGACUGCUACAUGUCGCUCAACGUGCCGUACACGAUCCAGCUGGUCAAGAAGUGCGAGGCCGAGGGCAUCAACAUCGACUGGUGGGAGGAGUGCCUGUCGCCCGACGACUUUGACGGACAGGCCCUGCUCAAGCAGGCCCACCCGACCGUCAAGUUCACGACCGGCGAGCACGAGUACUCGCGCUACGGCUUCCGCAAGCUCAUCGAGGGCCGCAACGUCGACAUCCUGCAGCCCGACGUGAUGUGGGUGGGCGGCUUGACCGAGCUGCUCAAGAUCUCCGCCAUGGCUGCCGCCUACGACCUGCCCGUCGUGCCGCACGCCUCGGGCCCUUACUCCUACCACUUUGUCGUCUCGCAGCCCAACACCCCCUUCCAGGAGUACCUCGCCAACUCCGCCGACGGCAAGAGCGUCGAGCCCGUCUUUGGCAACCUCUUCCUGAACGAGCCCAUCCCCACUGCCGGCUAUCUCGACGUCUCCGUCCUCGACAAGCCGGGCUUCGGCCUCGAGCUCAACCCGGCCGCUCCCCUCAUCAGUGCAGACCUCAUCUUGACUCCGGCGCCGCAGAAGAGCCUGACCCUGCCGGACGAGACGGUCAAUGGCACUCAUUAGAUUAUAGUAGUGUAAACGAUUGAUUGAUUGAUACCUGUUACGUUAAGAAUGAACAUUGAAUACUACAUUUCUUCCAACU